AUGAGUGAUAUCUUGUGGUGUUUAUUAUUAACCAUUUUAGGUGUAGAAUUCAUAAUAGGAAUUUUUGGAAAUUUAUUCAUGGCAGUGGUGAACAUCAUGGACUGGGUCAAGAGAAGAAAGAUCUCUUUGAUGGAUUUAAUCCUCACUGCUCUGGCCAUCUCCAGAAUUGGUUUUGUGGGAUCACUAUUCACUGCAUUUUUGAUAUUUAUAAUGUACCCAGCUUUAAUGAUGAAUGAAGAAAUGAUGAAUAUAUUGAAUAUUUCCUGGACAAUGAUUAAUCAUUUUAGCAUCUGGCUCGCUACAUGCCUCAGCAUCUUUUAUUUUCUCAAGAUAGCCAAUUUGUCAAACUCCCUUUUUCUUUAUCUAAAGUGGAGAGUUAAAAACGUGGUCUCAGGGACAUUGCUCUUGUCUCUGCCCAUUUUGUGUAUCAACAUUAUAGUUAUAAAUAUGAAUAUUGCUGUUUGGAUUGAUGAAUGUAAAACAAAUAUGUCCUUCAAUUCUGUCUCAAAUGACUAUGUACAAUUUUUCAAGAUCUCUUUACUGACCAACACUAUCUUCACCCUCAUACCAUUCACUGUGUCCUUGAUAACAUUUCUCUUGCUAAUCUUCUCCCUGUGGAAACAUCUAAGGAACAUGCAGCACAGUGCCCAAGACUCCCAAGAUGUCAGCACCACGGCCCACAUCAAGGCCCUGCACACUGUGGUAACCUUCCUGUUAUUGUACACCAUUUUCUUUCUGUCUCUUGCGUUACAGUCUUGGAAAAAUGAGGUUCUAUAUAAAAAUCUAAUUCACUUGUGUUAUGAGGCUGCGGGACUUAUUUUUCCCUCAGGCCAUUCUUGUGUUCUAAUUCUGGGAAACACUAGGCUGAGACAGACUUUUCUGUCCGCUAUGUGUUGGCUGAGGUGCAGGCUCAAGAUGCUGAACUCUUAG